ACCCGGCCGUGUGCGAGGAGGACCUGAUGCCCGAGGACGACCAGCGCGCCACGCGCAACCUCUUCAUCGGGAACCUGGACCACAGCGUGUCCGAGGUGGAGCUGCGGCGCGCCUUCGAGAAGUACGGCACCAUCGAGGAGGUGGUCAUCAAGAGGCCUGCCCGCGGCCAGGGCGGCGCCUACGCCUUCCUCAAGUUCCAGAACCUGGACAUGGCCCACCGGGCGAAGGUGGCCAUGUCGGGCCGCGUCAUCGGUCGCAACCCCAUCAAGAUCGGGUACGGCAAGGCCAAGCCCACCACCCGCCUCUGGGUGGGCGGCCUGGGGCCCAACACGUCCCUGGCGGCGCUGGCGCGCGAGUUCGACCGCUUCGGCAGCAUCCGGACCAUCGACCACGUCAAGGGAGACAGCUUUGCCUACAUCCAGUAUGAGAGCUUGGACGCGGCGCAGGCAGCCUGCGCCAAGAUGAGGGGCUUCCCCCUGGGGGGCCCCGACCGCAGGCUGCGGGUGGAUUUUGCCAAAGCGGAGGAGACCCGGUACCCGCAGCAGUACCAACCCUCCCCGCUGCCGGUGCAUUACGAGCUGCUCCCCGACGGGUACGCCCGGCACCGGCACCUGGAUCCGGACCUGAGGGUGCGGGACAGGACGCCCCCGCACCUCCUGUACUCGGACCGAGACCGGACCUUUCUGGAAGGGGACUGGACUAGCCCCGCUAAGAGCUCUGACCGCCGGAACAGCUUGGAGGGCUACGGCCGCUCGGUGCGCAGCCGCAGUGGGGAGCGCUGGGGGGCGGAUGGGGACCGUGGCGCGGGCAAGCCCUGGGAAGAGCGGCGCAAGCGCAGGAGCCUGUCCAGCGACCGCGGACGGGCCACCCACUCCCCCUACGAGGAACGGAGCAGGACCAAGGGUGGCGGGCAGCAGUUGGAGCGCGGCUCCGAGCGCACCCCGGAGCGCAGCCGAAAGGAGAACCACGCCAGUGAAGGGGCCAAGGACCCGGGCAGCAACGCCCUGAGCAACAGCAGACACGGGGCCGAGGAGCGCGGCCACCACCACCACCACGAGCCCGCGGACGCGUCGCACGGCAAGAAGACCAGGGACAGCGAGCGCAAUCACCGGACCACGGAGGCGGAGCCCAAGCCGCCCGAGGAGCCCAAGCACGAGGCCCGGAAGCUGAAGAGCCUCUCCGAGUACGCGCAGACGCUGCGGCUGGGCUGGAACGGGCUGCUCGUGCUCAAGAACAGCUGCUUCUCCACGUCCAUGCACCUCCUCGAGGGGGACCAGGGCGUCAUCAGCGGCCUCCUCAAGGACCACUCGUCCGGGAGUAAGCUGACCCAGCUGAAGAUCGCGCAGCGCCUGCGACUGGACCAGCCCAAGCUCGACGAGGUCACACGACGCAUCAAGCAGGGGAGCCCCAAUGGCUACGCCGUGCUCCUGGCCACCCAGGCCACCGCCGGCGGGCCUGGCGCGGAGGGGCUGCCCACCGUGGAGCCGGGCCUGCAGAGGCGGCUUCUCAGGAACCUGGUCUCCUACUUGAAACAGAAGCAGGCUGCAGGGGUGAUCAGUCUGCCAGUGGGUGGGUCCAAGGGCAGAGACAGCACGGGCAUGCUCUACGCCUUCCCGCCCUGCGACUUCUCCCAGCAGUACCUCCAGGCCGCGCUGAGGACACUGGGCAGGCUGGAGGAAGAGCACAUGGUGGUAGUUAUAGUGAGGGACGCGGCCUAACCCGAACCCCUGCCUCUUCUGACUCCUUGUUUGUGUCCCCAAAACCGUUCUUUUAAAGUCUGAUCCUCUCCUUGCCCACCCCCACCCCCCCACUUGCCCUGCACAUUUGGUUUCAGUUCUCUGCCGUGUUACUUCAGUUCACUGGUGGUGGGGAGGGGGGCGGCUGGAGCCCUGUUCACCACCAAAGGGCAAUGUCUAGGCUGUGUAUGCUUUGCCGCUGUGAGAAGGGACUCCUGUUAGGUCGAUUUCUAGUGUAUGAGAUGCUGUCUGCUGUGUGCUGUAUUUUUAUAUAUUGACUAACUGUGUGGAGGGUCGUCAGUAAAGCCUUUGACAGAGGAUGCCUUCUUAA